AUGAGAGAGAUCCUUCACAUCCAGGGAGGGCAAUGCGGGAAUCAAAUAGGGUCCAAGUUCUGGGAGGUGGUCUGCGACGAGCACGGCAUAGACCCCACCGGAGGGUACAACGGCACCGCCGAUAUACAGUUGGAGAGAGUCAAUGUGUAUUACAAUGAAGCCAGUGGCGGCCGGUACGUCCCUCGGGCGGUGCUGAUGGACUUGGAACCUGGAACGAUGGACAGCAUCCGGGCCGGGCCGUACGGGCAGAUUUUCCGGCCUGAUAACUUCGUGUUCGGGCAGUCCGGCGCCGGCAACAACUGGGCGAAAGGGCAUUACACUGAAGGCGCGGAGCUUAUUGAUUCGGUGCUGGAUGUUGUUAGGAAAGAGGCUGAGAGUUGUGAUUGCUUGCAAGGUUUUCAAGUAUGUCAUUCACUUGGUGGUGGAACUGGGUCUGGAAUGGGAACUCUGCUCAUUUCAAAGAUCCGAGAAGAGUUUCCGGACCGAAUGAUGCUCACCUUCUCUGUCUUUCCAUCUCCUAAGGUAUCAGACACCGUUGUGGAGCCUUAUAAUGCAACACUUUCUGUUCACCAACUUGUUGAGAAUGCGGAUGAGUGUAUGGUCCUUGACAAUGAAGCACUCUAUGAUAUCUGCUUAAGGACUCUCAAGCUCACCACCCCAAACUUUGGGGAUUUGAAUCAUCUAAUCUCAGGAACCAUGAGUGGAGUCACUUGUUGUCUACGAUUCCCGGGUCAGCUAAACUCAGACCUCCGAAAACUAGCUGUGAACUUAAUCCCAUUCCCUCGACUACACUUCUUCAUGGUGGGAUUUGCACCUCUGACAUCUAGAAAUUCACAGCAGUACAGCUCCCUAAGUGUCCCGGAACUUACACAACAAAUGUGGGAUGCUAAGAACAUGAUGUGCGCAGCUGAUCCACGCCACGGCCGUUACCUAACAGCAUCAGCCAUGUUUAGAGGCAAAAUGAGCACAAAAGAAGUCGAUGAGCAGAUGAUGAAUGUGCAGAACAAGAACUCCUCCUACUUUGUUGAGUGGAUUCCCAACAAUGUCAAGUCUAGCGUCUGUGACAUUCCGCCUAAAGGUCUCACCAUGUCUUCAACUUUCAUUGGGAAUUCCACUUCUAUACAAGAAAUGUUCCGAAGAGUAAGCGAACAGUUCACAGCCAUGUUUAGGAGGAAGGCCUUCUUGCACUGGUAUACCGGAGAAGGAAUGGACGAGAUGGAGUUCACUGAAGCCGAGAGUAACAUGAAUGAUCUCGUCGCGGAAUAUCAACAGUACCAAGAUGCCACGGUUGAGGAAGAUGUGGAGUAUGAGGAAGAAGAACCGGUUGGCGGUGCAGAAAACUGA